AAAGAAACAUAAGUAGAGAGAAUCAUGUUUAAACUAUCGGAGCUGGUGCGCUGGCUUGGCUUAACAGAAUUCGAGAUUUUAGUUAAUCUGUGCGGACUGCUCGUCUUCACCAUCUCACUGGCCUUCAAGAUCUCUGGUACAUUGAAUAAUGUCUUGCCAGAGGUAAUGUGCGAUUGGUUUACCAUAUUCAGUCCAUUAUUCUUUAUUGAUAUUUGCAAUGCCUAUUUUUGCGUUAUUGUUGGCAUACGCAUGUAUUUAGAUUCAGAUAACAAACGGAAGGCGUUGCAUCGGUUCAUGUGGAGCACUUAUUUCCUUGUACUUAUCGCGAUCUUCAAAUAUUUGUUAUGUCUAAAGUUAUCAGGCAAAACAGGACUUGAGUACAGUGAAGUUUUCUCACCAAUUUUUGUACUGCUCCAACUGGUAGCAGUGCGCGCUUGCCAGUUGCCCAACUCUAUUUAAAAGGCCUAUACUAUAUAGUUAUAUAUAAAAUCCCCCUGAAAUGUAUAUCAUAAGUUAUAUA